GAAGCCGAGAGAGACCUCGGCGCUUGUGCUGGGUUCAGUGACCCCGCGGGGAGCCCAGCGCAUCAGAGCGGCGGGAGCUGACGCCCGGUCCUGCUUCAGCCUCACCGAGGCUGGGACGGGACAAACGGCCUCUUUCAGACGAGCCAAGCCCCGAGCGGUGGCUGGCUGCGUCAUUUGAACGUCAGUCCGGCCACCAGAAAGGUGCCUCGGUCUCCUCGACAGCAGACGACUGAAUGGGCUGGUCCGACGCGAUGCGAGGUUCCACCCUUCGCCACUUGGUUCCCUGCCCUGGCCAGGGAAUGCCUUCGCCGUGACGUCGCGAUCUUACCACAAGAUAAGCCGCGAGGGUUAUAGCAGAGCAGGAGAUGAUCACGGUAUAUAAAGAGCAGCGCAGGAAAUAUUCACGGCUUCAAAGGGGGAGAGGAGGAGGGGGGGGGGAGUUUGGCCACAGCGUGUGUCAACUUUGCAUUCGCCGCUUCGCCCAAUGCACUGCAGAGAUAAGAAUACUGGAGCCCCUUUAUUGAGCUGGAGCUGGAGGGGAGAACAUCUGACGCGUUAAAGCCACGCUAGCAUUGUUAAACAAAAAAGGGACUUUUUUUUUUUUUUAGAAGAGGUCUAACAACAACAACAGUAAAAAAAAAGUUAAGGACCUGCUCAUCAUGGGUUUGCAGAGAUGAACUUUGAAAAAGAAAAGUAAUACCCGACCGAAAGCGGUUUUUGCACUCUUUUUUUGGUGGGGGGGCGGUACAACAUGGGCAUGUUAAGCGUGGACCUGCUGGUGACCUUGCAGAUCUUGCCGGGUUUCUUCUCGAACUGCCUGUUCCUGGCGCUGUACGACUCGGUGGUGCUGGUGAAGCGCGUGGUGUCGGCGCUCAGCUGCUCGGGCUCGGACGGCGAGUUUCAGCGCACGCUCACCUCCGCCGGCCUGCGCUCCAUCUGGAACAGCUUCCUGCUGGACGCCUACAAGCAGGUGAAGCUCGGCGGCGACGCGCCCAACUCCAAGGUGGUGAAGGUGCCCGGCGGCGGCAGGCCGGACGAGUGCCGCCUGCUGGACUUCGAGAGCUCGGACCGCCCCUUGGUCGUGAACUUCGGCUCCGCCACCUGACCCCCCUUCAUCAGCCAGCUGCCGGCCUUCAGGCGGCUGGUGGAGGACUUCUCCGCAGUGGCCGACUUCCUGCUGGUCUACAUCGACGAGGCGCACCCGGCCGACGGCUGGGCGCUGCCGGGCCUGGCGUCCUGCUCCUUCAAGGUGAGGAAGCACCGGAGCCUGGAGGAGCGCUGCCAGGCCGCCCGCAGGCUGCUGGAGCACUUCUCUCUGCCCCCGCAGUGCCAGCUGGUGGCCGACUGCAUGGACAACAACACCAACGUGGCCUACGGCGUCUCCUUCGAGAGGGUCUGCAUCGUGCAGCAGCAGAAGAUUGCCUACCUGGGCGGAAAGGGACCCUUCUUUUACAAUCUCAACGAAGUGAGGCAGUGGCUGGAGCACAGCUAUGGAAAACGAUAGGGAGAGGGGAGGGAGGAGACUGCUGCGUUUCUGAACCGCGCCCGGAAAAGGAGAACAAAAGGAAGGAGGAGCGCUUUCAGAACUGUUUCGUGCCGCAACUCCAGAGGCUUCAGAGGCAAUCGUAGAGCUCCAGAAGCAGCGUCCUGAGAGUACGUCAGUGCUUCGAUCAGCUGUCAAACGAUGGGACAGACAUGCGAGUUCAGAAUACAGGAGAGGGGCUGGAGUGAGGCUGAGCUGAAACAGUCAAGAGUGGUGAAUGCAGAGCAAACCAAAUGGUCAGUAGGGGUUUUUUGGUAGCAGACAUACCAUUUUGCUAAUAUUGGUAUUUUAGCAUUUUAAAACUACUCUUUUAGAAACCCUUCCCUUAAAAAAACCAAAUUGCUGAACAGAAAUGAAAGCACAAGUAACCAGCUUUUAUAAACUUAAUUUAUUUCUAUGAGAUAGUUUUUGUACUUUUAUGUCAUUUUUAAAGCAUUGUGCUGUCUUGUUUUUAUGUACGAGAACUUGUAUCGCGUUUAUUUAAGAAGACAAUCAUUCCUUGCCUUAUUCCCUUCUGUUUAGAGAAGUCCAUAGUACUGUUUUUAAUGCACAUGCUUCACCAGCUUUGAUAAACUCCGAUGCACUCUACAUUAAUUAUUCCGGAAAAAAAUUCUCAACUGAGUCCAACUACGCACGCAGAAGUAAAGAUAAUUACAGAAUUUUAAUCUGCUUAAAUUCCUGAAUACUGAGUAAAAGAGAAAACUUUCCAAGGUCCAAUGGUGAACAUCCCUGCGGAGUUUAUGAAGUGUGCUGGUACAAAGGGGAAUCGUUCUGACACUUGCAAUGAUCGAACUGCAGCACUGAAUUUGAAUGUAUCUGAAUUUAACUUGUAUUGUGUAUUAUGGUGCUAAGGCUGGAUAGCUACAAAUUGCACUAUGGCUGUAUAGCUGUUGGAAAGCUCAAAGUUUUAAGAAUUCAGGAAAAAAAAAACCUUGAUAUAUAAAAUGAAUACUGCAGAGACGUUGGUUUUAAUAGAACUGUCCUUUCCAAAAAGGUUGAAUGUGGGUUUUGCUCCCAGUCUGGGCACGGGGUGGGAUUUUCACUCGGUUAUUAGGAUUGAAGGUGGAAAUUCUCCGGAGGGAGGCGGAGAGGCGAACCGGUGGCGCGUGCCCGGCUCUGAGCGGGAACCCGUGUGCGAAUGAAGAUCGCUGACGAAAGGGGCACUGGCUCGGUCAGCGGUUGGAUGCCAGGCCACACGGUUUCCAGCCAGAGUGGAGCCAACGUGCCUGUGGUUGCGUGAGAACCGCUGUCCUGACACCCGUUUCCUGUUCUCUCUCCAAUGAACUGAAACACCUUUCGCAGGCUCGGUUUCAUGUAGUGCAAACAACUGCUUAUUUAAAUAAAUUUUUUU